AUGACUGAACGUCAAUUUUAUAUUUCAUCAUUUGAUGUAGAUAACAACAUUCCUAUUAAAGAGCAAGAGAAUGAUUUUAAUUCUAUCGCUGAAUAUACAUUUUGUUCAUUUGUACGUUCUCAAGUAUUAUUUACUGCCAUUCGAUUAAAUAUAUUUACAACUAUUCAUAAAUCAGCUACAUGUUCAUUGACAAUUGAAGAACUUGUAUUAAAAUUAAAUAUUAAAUUAAAACUCUCUUAUUUUAAAUCGUAUCUAACCUAUUUGGUUUAUUUACGUUUGUUAAAAUUAACUAAUGAAAAUAAAUAUGAAUGUACAAAUGUUACAAGAAAAUAUUUAGUUCAAGAUAAAGAUAAACAACAAUGGUAUAUUGCAGAUGGAAUUCAAGUAUGGGAUAAACGUUUGUAUCAAUUUUGUUCUUAUUUGGAUAAAACAUUACGUAGUGGUAAACGUUCAAGUGAACAAAAUCAAUGUUCAAAUAAUUUAUGGUCUGUAUUUGAACAAAAACAAGAUAUAAUGUUAUUUUUUGCACAUGUUAUGGCAUCAUUUACACGUUGUACAACCAAUGAAUUAUGUGAUCAUUUCGAUUUUUCAUGCUAUCAAACAUUGGUGGAUCUUGGAGGAUCUUUAGGUGAUUUAAGCCGAACAGUAGUGGCUAGAAAUGAAAAUAUAAAAUGUUAUAGUGCUGAAUUACCAGAAUUAUGUCAAUAUAUUCAGACUAAUAUUCAUCUAUAUUAUCAUGAACGAAUUGAAUAUAUUUGUGAAGAUAUUUUUGAACAACAAUGGUCCGAUAGUAUUGAAAAUAAUAUUGAUCAAAUUGAUAUUGUUUGUUUAAAAUAUAUUUUACACGAUUGGACCUAUAAACAACGUCAAUUUUUAGUAAAUAAAGUAUAUAAUCUGUUAAAACGUAAAUCAAAGAAUGAAAAUGGUCUAAUGCUUGUUAUAGAAAAAAUGGUUGAUGAUAAACGAUCAAAUUUAAGUACUCUUUGUACAAGUGUUUCAAUGCUGAUUGAACUCGGUGAUGGUACGGGCUAUGAUGGGACGCUGCUUGAAUAUAAACAAUUAGUUCAAGAUUGUGGAUUUAAAACAAUUCAGUUGAUAAAACUUAAUGGACCGAUGGUAGCAAUGUAUUCAUAUCGAAUAUCAAACAAACGUGAACAGGUGGUACAAGUUGAUAAACAUGUGGCAAGCUUAUUUGGUGACUAUAAUGACAAUGUUGAUGAUUGGGACGAGUCAUGUGACGAUGUACCAAAAUCUCCAUUUGUGUUAACUGGACUACCUCCUGAGAUCGAAGAAGGAAACAUCGAAUAUAAAUUGAAACUUGUUGAUCCAAAUCCAGAUCGAUUAGAGCAUUUAGUAACUCAAAUGAAAUGGCGAGUACAAGAAGGACAAGGUGAAGCUAUUUAUGAAAUUGGUGUUGAAGAUUGUGGUACUUUGAGUGGUGUAAAUGCAGAAGAAUUAGAUGCAUCAUUAAAAACAUUAGAAAAAAUGGCUGAUCGUUUGGGUGCAUCAAUUACAAUUUUAUAUAAACGUAAUGUUAAUAAUGAUCGUCAGGUUGUUGAAGUACUAGUGCGGAAAGUGCCAGAUGAUCAACAUUUCAUUGAUUUAAGAGUAGCCAUAUUAGGAAAUGUCGAUAGUGGGAAAAGUUCAUUGGUUGGUGUGCUUACUCACGCUGAAUUAGAUAAUGGUCGUGGUCGUGCAAGACUAAAUCUAUUUCGUCAUUUACAUGAAAUUCAAUCCGGUCGUACUAGUUCAAUUACCCAUGAAAUCUUAGGUUUUAACGAUAUGGGCAAAAGUGUCGAUUAUCAUACAGCUCGUACACCAAACGAAAUAUGUGAUCGUUCAUCAAAGAUUAUAACAUUCAUUGAUCUUGCUGGCCAUCAUAAAUACAUGAAAACAACAGUAUUCGGUCUAGCUGCUCAUUUACCAGAUUUUGCUAUGCUAGUCAUCAAUGGAUCAACAGGCGUUGUUGGUACAACCCGUGAACAUUUUGGAUUUGCUUUGGCAUUACAAGUACCCGUAUUUGUUGUUAUCAACAAAAUAGAUCUCUGUUCAAAAGGAUCUGUUCAACAAACGGUUGAAUGUCUACGUUAUUUGUUACAGCAUACUGGGAUAAAAUUAGAACCAUUUUUUGUUGAGACAACUGACGACGUUGUACAAGCAGCGGAUAAACUUGUUGAAAAGAGCAUUUGUCCUAUAUUUGCAAUAUCAUGUACAACAGGCGAAAAUAUAGAUUUGUUAAAAAAAUUUCUAAAUAUAUUACCACCGAGAUUAACUGUGCCAGAACAAGAGAGACUAUCUAAAUUACCAGUAGAAUAUCGAAUUGAUGAAAUCUAUUCUUCUGCACAACCUGACUCCGUUGUUGUUGGUGGUACAUUGCGAAGCGGUACAAUUCACGAAGGAGAAAACUGUUUAGUUGGACCGUUAAUUAACGGUGAUUUUGUGCCAAUUAAAGUAACAAAAAUUCAACGAUAUCGUGUUCCAAGGCGAAUGGUUCGAGCAGGACAGUCGGCUUCAUUACGUCUACCAUAUAUUGAGGGUAGCAACCUGCGCAAGGGUAUGGUUAUUGUUUCGUCGACAUCAAAUCCGAAAGCUUGUUAUGAAUUUUUGGCUCAUAUUUAUUUACUUCAUCAUGCAAAUGCAAUACAGAAAGGUUUUCAAGCCACUGUACAUAUUGAAAAUGUUCGGCAAACAGCACAAAUUAUUGCCAUGGACAAAGAUGAAUUACGUAUCAACGAAUAUGCAACAGUUACAUUUCGAUUUAUGCUCCGAUCUGAAUAUUUGCCGAAAGAUUCACGACUUAUAUUUCGUACUGGCGAAGCCAAAGGUGUUGGACGUGUGAUACAAGUUACCCCAUGUUAG